AUUAAUGGCGUAGCCAUUGCCAGGAGUAGUCGUGUUUGUUGAAGUUCUUCUGUAGCUGUUUCCCAGAAACAUCGCAUCUGCCCGGGUCUCUUCAUCAAACGUGUUCAAAUCGGCGUGAACGAGUCUCGCGAGUAGUCUAGUCGGUGCAUUUGUGCGAAAUUAUUUCUGUGGCGAUGUCGGACACCACGGUAUCGCCCACACGCAGCCACCACAACAGGAGACAGUUGCGAGAGAGAAAACAGAAAAAGCUAUACUCGGAGGAGUGGGCCCUGGCUGAUGAUGAGUACGAGGGAGGACGUGGAUUCAGUGUGGCCGAAAAGUUGGAGUCCGCACGAUUUGCGCAAGCCGGAAUGGUGCGUGAGAUGAAAGGAUCCGACUUGACUGUUGCGCACUUGCAGCAGUACGGCUUUAACAUUCCUCUCCUGUUCAAGGAGAAAACAGGACUGGGACUUCGGGUGCCGUCGCCGUAUUUUAGCAUAAAUGACGUGCGAAUGUGCGUGGGAUCGAAACGGGUGCUGGAUGUGAUGGAUGUGAAUACACAGAAAAAUUUAGAGAUGACAAUGAAGGAAUGGCAACAAUACUAUGAGGAUCAGGAAAAGACACGCCUUCUCAAUGUAAUCUCGCUGGAGUUUUCGCACACAAAACUCGACCAUUACAUCCAAAGCCCGGAUCUUGUUCGGCAGAUCGACUGGGUGGAUGUUGUGUGGCCAAAGCAACUCAAGGAAGCCCAGGUUGAGGGUACAAAUUCCCUCCAUGAUAUGAUGUAUCCAAAAGUGCAGAAGUACUGUCUCAUGUCCGUGAAAAAUUGCUAUACGGACUUCCAUGUGGACUUUGGAGGCACAUCAGUUUGGUAUCAUAUCCUCAAGGGUAGCAAGGUGUUUUGGCUCAUUCCGCCAACUGAGAAAAAUCUAGCAUUGUAUGAGAAAUGGGUGCUGUCCGGAAAGCAAUCCGAUAUUUUCUUCGGAGACACAGUCGAUAAAUGUGCCAGGGUGUACUUAACAGCCGGCAAUACAUUUUUCAUUCCUACGGGAUGGAUCCAUGCUGUGUACACUCCCACGGAUUCCCUCGUGUUUGGUGGUAAUUUUUUGCACUCUUUCGGUAUUGUGAAACAACUGAAAAUAGCCCAAGUUGAGGAUUCAACAAAAGUGCCCCAGAAAUUCCGCUAUCCCUUCUUCACGGAAAUGCUGUGGUAUGUCCUUGCCAAAUAUGUGUACACUCUGCUGGGACGUUCACAUUUAGACGGGGACUCUGAGCGUGUGGAGGAGAUUGCUAGAAUCCCACACAUUCACCUGACGCAUUAUGAACUCUUUGGGCUUAAGGAGAUCGUCAUGUAUUUGUAUGACUUGCCACCGAAUAAGAAAAAUGUUCCCGAUUUGAUAAAAGAUCCCGUGGCAUUGAUAAAGGAUGUACGCACACUUGUUGAGAGACACUGCAAGGAUAGUCCAGAAUUAGCCAUCACGGGACGUCCAGUACUUCAAGCAGAGCGAAGUAUUGCAGCAGAUCCACCCACGAUGCCAGCUUAUGAUAUGGCUGUGGAUAGUAGUGAUAAUUCAACAAGUACAAGUCAGCAGCAAGGAGAUUUUCUCCCACCAACCGCAACAGCAAACAGAGUUGGACCACGAGGACCAUACAAGAAGCAAUCAUUGUCCACUGGUGCCCAGCAGCGUUCCCAGGGACCCAACAAUUCAUCCAGUGGUGGUGGACCAAGAAGGCGUAGGACGCGCUGUAAAAUCUGUGAAGCAUGCCAGAGAUCCGACUGUGGGGAAUGCAGCUUUUGUCUGGAUAUGGUUAAAUUCGGUGGACCAGGUCGUGCCAAGCAAACAUGCAUGAUGAGGCAAUGCCUUCAACCAAUGCUACCUGUAACAGCUCAGUGUAUCUACUGUCACCUUGAUGGAUGGCGUCAGACUCCUGUUGCUCCUCAAGCCAAACUUCAAGCAUCCCUUGAGGGUCCAUCGUCUCUCAUGGAGUGUUCAGUUUGCUACGAGAUCACCCACCCCGACUGUGUCCAACGUCAUGCUCCUAAUAUUAGUGGAAUUGUUAAUGAGGAUCUACCCAAUAGCUGGGAAUGUCCGAUUUGUUGCAAAUCCGGGAAGAACACUGAUUACAAGCCACGCCAUUUCCGUGCUCGUCAGAAGUCUUCAGAGAUUCGUAGGAUGUCAAUCAGUAGUGACGCAUCAUCCGCAAUUGAGCACAAGCCAUCAAUUGAGACACAUGGAGAUUUUGGGGGAAUGUCUAGUGGCUCAGAUUCGGAGACUCCUGGAAAGUCAGGAAUUCGGAAGCUCGGUGUAAUCAGCCCAUCUAAUAGCUCCAAUACCCCCAUUAAGUUCGAGAUUAAGCAGGAGAAUGACCCUUCGCAGGAACAUCUCACAGGUGGGAGUGUGUUGAAACGACGAAAGAGCGACGAUGGUGGGAGUAUGUGCAGCAGUCUGCAUGAAUCCGUAGAGACAGUUGAGCAUAGUGUACCACGGAAGAAGUCGUCGUUGCGAACACAACUUGCACAGCAGAUUAUCAGCUCAUCAACGAAAGUUUUAAAGAAGCCCAUGUAUGUGGUCAGACCGGCCCAGGCAGGGGGCACUACACCUUCACCAACGGGACACUAUGCUCUAGAUCCCACCUGUAUGUUGGCCAUUUUCCGUUAUUUGCCCCCGGAAGCUCUGAUUACGUGCUCCCUAGUUUGCAAGAUUUGGUCCACUGUAUCUGUGGAUCCUUCACUCUGGCGCAGGAUGAAUUGUGCUCAGUACAAAUUGUCAGCUAGCCUUCUUACAGCCAUCGUUCGAAGACAGCCGGAGCAUUUGAUUUUGGACUGGACAAGCCUGGCAAAGAGGCAACUAACAUGGUUAAUUGCCCGAAUUCCAGGACUCAAAAAUCUUAGUCUCCAGGGAACACCAAUCCAGGCAGUUGUUGGCCUCUACACCUGCCUCUGUCCACCCCUACAAAUUCUAGAUCUCAGCUUCGUUCGUGGCUUGAAUGAUUCCGCCAUCAGGGAGAUCUUAUCACCGCCAAAGGACUCCCGUCCUGGUCUCACCGACUCCAAGUCUCGUCUACGGAAUCUGAAGACACUCAAAUUAGCCGGGACGGAGAUCUCAGAUGUGGCACUUCGUUACAUCACCCAGGGACUCCCAUCACUCCUCACUCUUGACAUUUCAUCGUGCCAGAGGAUCACAGAUGCAGGCAUCUUCCAAAUCGGUACAUCCUCUAGUGCCAUAAACACCCUUGUUGAGCUAAAUCUCAGCUCAUGCAAACUCGUGACAGAUCUCUCGCUGGACUAUUUGGAAAAGUGCGAAGCCCUUACGCGUCUCGACUUACGGCACGUACCCCAAGUGCCCACACAGGCUGUGAUAAAGUUUGCAGCCAAGUCCAAGCACAACCUCCAUGUGCAGGAUGUAAAGCUUGUUGAAAAGCGAAAAAAUGUCGCGUAGAUCGAUUUCAUUUUACCUCCUAAUCUAUUGUACUUGCAUUUAAGACAAAAUGUAUUUUAAGGAUUUUAA